CUGCCCGCCGCUGCUCCGUGUCCGCACCUACGAGCCGGCGCGCCUCCGUCUGUCGGACUCCCGCGCGGAGUCUUACUGAUCCGCGGACGAUGCGGCUCCUCGCGCUCUCCUGUCUGCUCCUGCUGCUCCUCGGCUCAGGGCUGGCUCUGCAGAUCCAGUGUUACCAGUGUGAGAUGACGCACGACUGCUCCACGCCAGAGUUCAUCGUCAACUGCACCGUGAACGUGCAGGACAUGUGCCAGAAGGAGGUCCUGGUGAAGGAGGACGGUGUGCACUACCGAAAGUCCUGUGCCUCAUCUGGAGCUUGUCUUAUCGCCUCUUCUGGUUACCAGCAGUUCUGCACCGGGAAGCUCAACUCGGUCUGCAUCAGCUGCUGUAACACACCGCUGUGUAACGGACCACGCCAGAAGAAGCGACCCCAGCCAUCUGCUGCCAUCACUCUUAACACGCCACGGCUUCCUGUGCUUUCCUUCAACAUCAUCAUCCUACUUUCCUCUUUCCUGUGCUGACAGAACUUUCCUAAGAUGUGCGUUGAAACAAACUGAAACUGUACACGCUCUGCCAUACAUGCUUUGAAAUGUAUACAAGAGAAGGCUUUUUACAGCAUUUGUUCUUGAGUCCUGGCUUUCUGUUGCAACAAAAACGACACAAUAGCGGACAAAGUUAUUGCCAUGUGUCAUGUCGUGAAUAUGGGUAAGAUGUGGUGGAUAAAACAGCUUCCAGCAGAGGGUUCAUGAACGUCUGCAAGGUGGAAAAAGGCAGACAGCAAAAAUAGCAUGUGUAAUUUCCAGAAUAAAUCUCUUAUUUCUGCUCUAUGAAUAGGAAAAAACAAGUUUUGCAGUGUAUUCACCAACUGAAACAAAACAUGUAUGACAUCUCCCAAAUGAACAUGACUUAUUUAACCUCUUGGCAUCUACCAUGUUGUUAACAAACCACUUAGAGGUGCGAUUAGAAUUGGGUUGGAGAAGAGGCUGUUACCUUUAAAAUCAGUUCUUUAUAUGGGUUUUUUGCCUUUAUGUUCUGUUAAUUUGGUAUAAUUUGAACUAAACAGGUUCUGAUUCCACAUAAAGUUCACUAGUGACCUUUUGGCAUUGAGAGGCUAUUGGAAAAUUAAAUGAUAAACAAACAUAAAAUAAUAGAAAAACAUUUUCUUUUUAAUUUUAACAACCAUUUCAGCCUCUUAGCAGGUGUUUUACAGUGUUUGGCCAAACAGAAAUUUGAUAAACACCUUUGAAGAAGGCACAAAUUUGCCGUGGCAUCGUUUGAAUUAACAUUUAUUUCC